AGCCUAAAUGGCUUUUGGCAGUCGCUGGGUCUGAGCAGAAGUGAAGCAUCAAGCACCGGCUUGCAAGCUGCAAGAAGGAUCUAUUACGCUUUAAAAAAAUAGGGGAAGGCACAGCGUGACCAGAGUUCUGUCUGAAAGAGAAGAGAGCAGAGCCCCCUUCUGAUUCUGCUGAUCUCAAGGAGAACUAAAGAUGUGGAAGAAGACAAAGGUGGCGGACGAAACUGCCGCUGGGCAGGCGGGCAUCAAGAAGAAAUCAAAAGUGCCUGGUGUCAUGAUUACCCAGUUUCUGGAGGAACUCCCAGAAGGAAAAACAACUCCAGAUUUCACCCGAAAACCCAUAGCCCUUACUAUUCAGGAGGGCAAAUUUGCAUUCUUUAAAGCCAUUGUGGUGGGUGAUCCAACACCUACUGUAACAUGGGGAAGAGCGAAAGGAGAACUCGUUUUUCACCCUGAUGUGUGCCAGCAAAAAUACGAUGAGGCAUCCAAUGAACAUACCCUUGAGUUCCCUAAGGUAGCUCCGGAGGAUGCUGACACCUACAAGUGUUUUGCAACUAAUGAAUAUGGGAGAGCGGUUUGCACUGUUGUUCUGAACGUUAUUGAGGUUGGAUUUUCCAAAGCAAGGGAGCUUCAGAAGGUACAAACAGAAGAUGCAACAGAGCUCAGAAAAAAACUUAAAAAACGUAAUCCAGAUGGAACACGUGAGGAGAAGGCCAUGGAUGACCAUGAAAAGGUCUGGGAAAUCCUGCUUAGUGCAGAAAAGAAAGAUUACGAGAAAAUCUGUUCCGAUUAUGGCAUAACAGACUUCCGUGGCAUGCUGAAGAAACUCACUGAAAUGAAAAAAGAACGAGAAGAGGAGAUUGCACAGUUCAUCUCACAUAUUAGGACACUCAAACCUGUUGAAGUCAAAGACAAUGACUGUGCAACAAUUGAGUUGGAUAUGGACCUCGUAGAUUCUGGCAGCAAAAUCUUUCUGUAUAAGAAUGGUGUCAUGGUGCCAUUCUCUAAGGAAGAGAGUGAAGGAGUUAAGCACAACUUAAGACAAGUUGGCAAAAAAUACGUGUUCACAAUUAAAAACCUAAGUAAAGAAGAUGCUGGGCUCUACUCAGUGGAUGUUGAGGGAAUCAAUGUAUUUUCCACAGAUUUUAAAGUGCCUGAAGUUGACUUUGCUGUCAAAAUUCAAGAGGUCAAAGCCGAAGAACGAGAGGAUGCUCUCUUUCAAUGUGUCCUCACUGCACCAAUGAAUGAGAUCAAAUGGUAUGGCAAAAGCGCUCUUCUGACAAAUGAUGAGAAGCAUGAGAUAAUUGUAUCUGAAGAUAAACUCAUCCACAAGCUGAUUGUGCGGGACUGUCUGCCUUUGGAUGGUGGUAUCUAUGCUGCUGUGGCAGGAAUCAAGUCUUGCAAUGCCUGGCUUGUGGUUGAAGUGGAAAAAGAUCCAGCCAAAAAGGCAAAAAAGGCAGCACGCAAAACCACCAUUGCUGGAGCUGGCAAUGAUGACGAACUGAUGAAAAUAGCAAAGGAACAGCAAGAAAGAUAUCAGAAAGAACUGGAAGAAAAAAUAGAACUUGCCAAAAAAACUCAAGCGGAGAAGGAAGUGGCAGAUGCAGCUGCCCGGGCAAAGGAAGAGGAAGAGGCUGAGGCCAAAGCUGCAGCAAAGGCAGCGGCCAAAGCUGCAGCAAAGGCAAAGAGAGCAGCAGCUGGAAAAGAUGGAGCUGUUAGGAAAACUAAGAAAAAAGGAAGUGGUGCUGCGGGAGCAGGAUCCGCCUUAGAUGGGGCCAGUGGAGCCACAGGAGGAGCUCUGGGGGUUGGUCCUGGUGGGGCAGGUGGAGUUGCAGGUGGAGCUGCAGGUGGAGCUGCAGGUGGGGCUGCAGGUGGGGCUGCAGGUGGAGUUGCAGGUGGAGCUGCAGGUGGAGCUGCAGGUGGAGUUGCAGGUGGGGCUGCAGGUGGGGCUGCAGGUGGAGUUGCAGGUGGGGCUGCAGGUGGAGUUGCAGGUGGAGCUGCAGGUGGGGUUGCAGGUGGGGCUGCAGGUGGGGCUGCAGGUGGAGCUGCAGGUGGGGCUGCAGGUGGAGCUGCAGGUGGAGUUGCAGGUGGGGCUGCAGGUGGAGUUGCAGGUGGAGUUGCAGGUGGAGCAGCUGCUGGUGCCCAUGGUGCAGGUGGAGCUGCUGCUGGUGCCCAUGGUGCUGGUGGAGCAGCUGCUGGUGCCCAUGGUGCUGGUGGAGCUGCUGCUGGAGCAUUAGCAGGAGUUAAAGGUGGCACUAGAGCUGGGACUGGAGGCAUUGAGGGUGAAGAUUUGGAUGAAUAUUCUGAUGAAGAAUAUGAUGACGAUUCGUUUGAGGAUUCAGACGAAGACAUUGAGGGACAAGGAAAAGGAGGGGAAAGAGGAAAGAGAGGUGUGGGAGGUGAAGGAGAAGGAGAAGAGGAAGGAGAGGAAGGAGAGGAAGGAGAAGGAGGGGAAAAAGGAGGGAAACGGAGGAAACGAGUAAGAGCUGGCCCACUGGUUCCUGAUACAGUUACAGACCCAGGAGUUCACUUUCACGCUGGUCUUUCUGACUGCAAAGCCAUUAUGGGAGAAGCCGCCGAGCUGGAGUGUAAAGUAAGCAGCGAAGAGUGUGUAGGGACAUGGUACAAAGACGGAGCUGAGAUUCAGUCAUCUGAGAAUUUAGCAAUUUCAAAAGACGGAUGUUUCCAUAGGCUGAAAAUUCUCAAAGUCACAGAGGAAUAUGCUGGGAAAUAUAAAUUUGAAGCUGAUGGCCGGAAGACUGAGUCUGAAAUUGUUGUUGAGGAUCCCCCACGAUUUGACACGGAGGAGCUUGAAGCAUUUAAAACCGCAGUGACUGUAAAGAAGGGACACAAAGCUACUUAUAAACUGUCCUACAUUGGCAGGGAACCAAUAAAGGUCCAGUGGUACCUCGAGGGAGAAGAGCUUUCAAGUGAAGGCAAUAUAAAUAUUGACACUUCAGACGGAGAGAGCCGUUUGCUUCUGAUGAAGCUGCAGCGAAAGGACAGCGGUGAAGUCAAGAUAAAACUCAAAAAUGAGUUUGGCACGAUUGAGGCUGUAAGCCAGCUAAAUGUACUGGAUAAACCCACACCUCCAAUGGGACCUCUGGAGAUUGUUGAGGCCUCCUCCUCUGUAAUUGAAUUCAAGUGGAGACCCCCAAAGGACAGUGGCGGCUGCAAGGUACAAAACUACAUCGUUGAGCGGCAGCAGGUUGGCCGGAACACCUGGAAGAAGAUCGGGCCUAUUGGUCCCGCGGCAAAAUACAGAGAUUCCGACGUGGACCAUGGGAGGAGGUACUGCUAUCGCAUCAGAGUGGAGACCGAAAUGGGAACCAGCGAGUUGAUGGAAACAGAAGACAUUCAAGCAGGAACAAAAGCAUAUCCUGGACCUCCAUCAGCACCAAAGGUUGCCAGCGCCUUCAAGGACUGCAUCAACCUCACAUGGUCCCCUCCUGCCGACACUGGAGGAACCAACAUUCUGGGUUACAACCUGGAGAAACGCAAGAAGGGCAGCAAUCUCUGGGGCCCGGUAAACCCUCCCAAUGAGAUUAUUAAAGGUAAAGGAUGUGCGGUUAAAGAGGUGGUUGAAGGCAUGGAGUACGAGUUCCGUGUGUCUGCAAUCAAUGGCUCCGGAGCUGGUGAAUUCAGCAAUCCAUCCGAGUUUGUUUUUGCCAGAGACCCUAAAAAGCCGCCUGGUAAAGUGCUCGAUUUGAAAGUGACAGAUUCCACCUACACAACCCUAUCCCUGUCUUGGAACAAGCCCAAGGAUAUUAAGGGGGUUGAGGAUGAAGCGAAGGGAUAUUUUGUGGAGAUCAGGCCUGCAGAAAAUACAGACUGGGAUCGAUGCAAUUCCAAUGCAAUAACCAUGACUUCAUAUACGGCAAAGGGCAUGAAGUCACUGGCCAUGUACUGGGUGAGAGUUAUUGCUACUAAUGAUGGAGGCGAGGGAGAGCCUCAGGAGCUGGACAAUUACAUUCUCGCUAUGCCGCCUCCUGUGAGACCACGCUUCACUGACGCCAAAAUCCAAAGUUUCAUGAUUGUGAGAGCGGGAAAUUCUGCACGAUUCAACAUUAAUUUUCAGGCUUCACCCUGGCCAGAGGUAACCUGGCUAAAGGAUGGAGUGCCAGUGUCUAAAAAGGUGACCAUCAGCAACGCUGAGGGUGCAUCCCAGCUUCUGAUCCCUUCAUCGGAGCGGACCGAUACCGGCAUCUAUACCAUCAUUGUCAAAAACAUUGUAGGACAGGAAACAUUCAGCAUUGAAAUUAGAGUCACUGAUGAGCCAAAGCCGGCAGGUCCUGUGGAGCUCGAUGAAAACGUGCCUGGCACAGUAACCAUCUCAUGGGCCGCUUCUCCCGAUGAGAAGCGCGAUGACAGGCUGCACUACAUGGUGACAAAGCGGGAUUCGGUCAAGAGAAGCUGGCACACCAUAGCGGAUCGAAUCUUCAACAAUAAAUUUACGGCCUGCAACAUCUUGCCAGGCCGAGAAUACCAGUUUAGAGUCUAUGCAAAGAACGACAUGGGCUCCUCCAAACCAUCAGAAUCAGCAAAGUGGCUGAUUCCUGCCAAAAAAGAGAAAUUCACUGUGACGAUGCCAGAGUCCAAGGCCUGUGACCUGCAGUGUGCUCCCAAAUUCCUCGUCCCACUGAAAAUGCACACCGCCCCUCAAGGCUAUGAAUGCUACAUGAGCUGUGCCGUGAAAGGAGACCCAACGCCUCACGUGACAUGGCUCCGUAACAACAUCAGUCUGAAUACCAACACCAACUACUUAAUCUCCAACACCUGUGGGGUCUGUUCUAUGCUGAUAUUGAGGGUUGGACCAAAAGACAUGGGGGAAUACAAGGUGGUUGCAGAAAAUGCUUUGGGGAGAGCGGAGAGUUCAACUAAACUCACUGUCAGAGAAUAAAUGGAUCCACAGAAGCCAAGUAGCUGGAAACUGACGUGUGUGUGUCUUACAGAGCCAAGCAAAUUCCAAUUUACAUUGUGUAAAAUGUAAAUUCAAUUCUGGUGAAACCGUUUUAACCUUAAACAUUUAAUUUUUUUUAAACCUUGAAAAAUGUGUCAAGUCAAAAUGACAAGGUUUCCACAUAUUCUCUAAAAAUAUAUCUGAUCUGUUGUACUUAACCAAUUGAAUUUUGUCAAAAUAACAAUUCCUGGUGUUAUAAAAGACUUUCACGAUCUUAACAUAAAGGCAAUGUGAUCUCUGGCUGUUUGCCAUCAGGCUCUUUGACAACAUAACCGGCUGCCAUCAUUUUAAUCUCUCACACGUUUUGCUCUUGUUGCUUUUUGUUUGCAUUUGUUUCUGUUAGCAGGUUGCACAAGUAUUAUAUUGACUCAUGAGAUAUUGUGUAAAGACAAAACAACUAUAAUGACAAUCAAGAAUGAGUUGAUACAGGAAGUUGCUUUUUGUUGUUGCAUCAGAAUCCAGUCACACAUGUAGGUUUUGGGUAAAUUUGUUAGGCUACUCUGAGGCCUUUAUAGGGCUCCCAAAUGCCGACAAGAGCUUAACCCAUGUUAGUGCAUGCAAUGCUGCAUUUUUAUGAUAAUUUGCAAAAGAAAUGAAACUCUUCAUGGUUAGUAUGUUUUUAAUGUUCUAAUUUGUGUGGAAAGUUUGAAAAAAAUAUUCAGUUUAAGUUAAAAGUUGAAUGUUCCAUUUUGAUGAAACUUUAAAAAAAACUAAUCUAAGUUAUUCAAGUACUUCAGACUCAUACAGUGCCCAGUAUACACAAUGGUUUCUUCAAAUUAAUUCACUAAAAAUUACAUGCAUGACCCCCCUGUAACAUGUCUUUAUGUAAAAUGUCUCAAAAUUCAUACCAUGUGUCAAGCAACAUUAAAAUCUACCAUUCUCAA